AUGCCUGUCUGGCAGCCUCCUACGCCCGCUCCUCGGGAAGAUCUAAGGCCUAAGGCCCAGGCCUACCUGCCCACGGGUCUAACCAUCUGGAGAAAGAAAGUCGGUCAGAAGGAAGAUACUGGCUCCGGGAUCCAAAAGGAGCUGACAGCCUCACCCCACGAUGGGCAGUCGGCAGUGGGCAAGUGGGCAGCCUGGAAAAUGGCGGGGGAAAAGAUGGGGGAUUCUCCGAUUGCAAUCCUGAGUCCUCUCAGUCUCAUGAUCAGCAUCCGACCCAGCAUCCGACCCAGUAUCCGAUCUCCAGUCUCCAGUCUCGAUGAUCUGGGGUUCUGGGAUGCUGGGGAAGUCUUGACGGAACGGAUUUUAGAUUUCCCAGCACUCAAGCUUGUCAACAGCCCGCCCUUGUCCCCUUUCUUGUCCCCCAAUCUUUCUCGCCGGGCUCUGAUGGACGACAAAGAGAUACGAGAGGCGCCGGUGGGCGUGGAGCACGCCAACGUGGACGUGACUGAGACGGAGCUGCACGAGUUCAAGAACGCCGAAGGAUACGUGAUCGAUGCCAGCGACGCCGAGCACGCCAACCUCCGACGCGCACGCGACGGCCAUACCAUCCUUCUGCCGCAGCCGUCGGCAGACCCCCGGGAUCCACUCAACUGGAGCGGGCUGAAGAAACAUGUCAUCCUCAUCAUCAUCUCCAUGACGGCCCUCCUGCCCGACUACGGCAGUGCCACGGGCGCGGUCACGCUGCUCCCGCAGGCGGCGGAGUGGGACAUGACGCCCGACCACGUCAACCACUCGCAGGUCGGCAACGUCUUCAUGCUCGGGGCGGGCGGCGUGGUCGUGGUGGCCCUGUCGGCCUACUUCGGCCGGCUCCCCGUGCUGUUCUACUUCCUCAUCCUGGCCACCGCGACCGCCAUCUGGUGCGCCGCGGCCCAGACGUUCGAGUCGUUCAUGGCGGCGCGCAUUCUGAACGGCUUCUUCAGCACCGUCGCCCAGGGCGGAGGCCUGAUGUUCAUCUUCGACCUGUUCUUCUUCCACGAAAGAGCGAGGAAGAUCAACAUCUGGGCCGCCUUCAUCAUCCUGUCGCCGUACUUCGGCCCCCUGUUCGCCGCCUUCAUCAUCAGCACCCAAUCGUGGCAGGUCCCUUUCUGGGUUUACGUGGCAGAGACCGCUCUGUGCCUCGUGCUCACCAUUCUUUUCGUCGAAGAAACCUAUUACGACCGACGCAUUCCGGCCUCGUCGCAGCCUCCGCGCGGCAGCCGAGUGUUGCGCCUGGUAGGCGUCUCGCAGUACCGAUCGCGGCACCUGCGCAACACUCUGGGCCAGGCGGUGAUGCGGCCGGUCAAAGUGAUUCUGAAGCCGACCGUGUUUCUGUCGUGUCUCUACUACCUGCUGACGUUUGCGUGGGUGGUGGGGAUCAACACGACGCUGUCCAUCUUCCUGACGCCGCUGUACGACUUCGGCCCCAAGCAGAUUGGCUAUUUCUACUUCACCCCGAUCGUGGCCGCGCUGCUGGGCGAGAUGACGGGCCACUGGCUGCACGACUUCCUGGCCACGAGCUACAUCCACCGCCACGACGGCCACUUUGAGCCCGAGGUGCGGCUGCGCGCCAUCUGGAUCUCGACGCCCUUCAUGCUCGCCGGCCUGGUCGGGCUGGGAUUCGCCCUCGAACAAGGCUACCACUACAUGGUCACCUCGCUGUUCUGGGGCCUGUACGUCUUCGGCAUCAUGAUCACCACCGUCGGCCUCAACGCCUACAAUCUCGACAGUUACCCAGAGGCGUCUGGCGAGACCGCCGCCUGGGUCAACAUGGCCCGCACCUCUGGUGGCUUCAUCAUCUCCUACUUCCAAGUCACCUGGGCCCGCGCCCAAGGCACCAAAGUCAGCUUUGGCAUCCAGGCCGCCAUCUGUGCCGCCGCCUUUCUGUUGAUUGUUCUGCUGCAGAUCUUUGGCAAGACGCUCAGGGUGAAGAGCGGUGCCUUGCACUUUGCCACUGCAUAG